CAAAAUAUUUCUCUCAUCUGACUUCAGUUCAGCGCGCAGUGCAACUACCGUCAGUUUAGGAGGUCCAGCAGUCCCAGAAGCUAAUAGCCAUGGCUGCCACAUCCUCCAUCUGCGUCCUCACCAACGUUUAUCCCGGCAAACCCUCCUUUUCCCUCUCGCUCUCUUGCUCCACCCCCACCCUCCGAGUACCGUCCGCCAAUCUAGCAUUCACGUCGCCUCACAGUCGGCGUGUUACAGCAGUUGCCCGUGCUGUCAGCUCUACUGAGUCAGGAGCCACAGGCGGCUCCACCUCAACCACAAAUGCGUCUCCUCCGACCAUUGUCAUGUGUUUCCUUUCCCCAGAUGGUGACACUGCCACGUCAGCCAUCGAAGCAGCCACAUGGGCCGCCGCUGCAGCUGAAACCCCCGAUGCUGCGGAUUCAUCCGCAAAAGUGCCAGCUACCGCUCAGGUCGUCACCAUCGGCAGCGGCGAGAAGAACUUGCGACGUGCGAUGGCAGAUGCGAAGGUCCCGUUGUACGACAUGUACGGAUCGGUCAUGAAUUGCGGUGGUGGGGGAAGCUGCGGGACGUGCCUGGUGGAUAUCGUUGCGGGUGCGGAGCUGUUGAGCGGACGUACCGAGGCGGAGGGUCGUUACUUGAAGAAACGGCCCGAGAGCUGGCGAUUGGCAUGCCAGACAAUUGUGGGGGAUAAGGAGAACAGUGGAAGGCUGGUGAUUCAACGUAUGCCGCAGAAGGUCAAGAAGUAAAGGGGUAGGUGGGACUGUUUGAAGCAUCACCGUCUCUCUAGAAAGGCAUGAGUGAGAAAAGCUCUUAGACUUGUCGGUUCUCUAAGCAUGAAUGCUCAGUCUGAAGGAACGUGCGAGGAACUUGCUGCACGGAGUGCACAUUUCUGUGUAGUAUGCGAAGGAUUCGUUGGGUUACUCUAUUUGUUGGAUGUUCAUGAUUAAAGCGAGGGUCUCAAGAAGCAGAAAACCAAAUCCAAAGGUUUUGGUUUCGGGG